AUGAGUGGAAAAUUCAUUGACGACAACCAGGGAAAUCCCCUUUAUAUAAAGACGUGGAGUCCUGCUGGAAAGCCAGUCGCAUCAGUAUUAUUUGUUCAUGGAUUGGGAGAGCAUAUCGGUCGAUAUGACCACGUAUUCCCUAUAUUCGCUGAGAAACAUUCUAUAAAAGUGACGGGACUUGACUAUGCAGGACAUGGACGAACCGUAACGGAACAAAAUGGAAUUCAAGGUUUUACUCCUUUUGAUACGGUCAUCGAGCAACUUGAACUGGUCAUGAGCUCCAUUGUGAUCCCUGGAGCUGAAGGAGCUCCCGUGUUUGUCAUGGGCCACUCAUUGGGUGGUUUGCUGUCCACGUACUUCACGUCACUUCAUUGGAAGACGUACAAUGUGAAGGGUCUGGUCUUGUCUGCACCAGCUGUUGUUGGUACAGCUCCAGUAUUUGACGAAGGCUUCGUCCCUCCUCCAGACAAGGAACGUGAACAAUUCGCAAACGGUCUACCUCUUGACGGCCUUUCAAGAGACCCUAAAGUUAUCGAAGCUUACAAGAACGAUCCUUUCGUCCAUGGGUUCCUCACGUUACGACUAGCAUUCAGCAUAUUCCAAGCUCGUCAACACUUGCAAGGGAAGGGUAGGGAUGAAUUGACACUGCCUAUUAUGCUGCUUCAUGGGACACAGGAUAAGCUUGUACCUGUAGCUCCAACAGUCGAGUUUAUAAACUCGCUGCCAGCUGUCGACAAAACCGUGAUCACCAUGUCUCCACUAUAUCACGAACCUCAUAAUGAACCUGAGCAGGCAGAAGUCAUUAACUAUUAUGUGAACUGGAUACUCUCGAGGGCCACAACCAGGACACCAUUGUAG